UCCCUCAGUGCACGUUGAACCAUCCCAGAGGUAGUACGCGCGCUCCGUCUCUCUCCCCCUCCCUCGAAUUCUCUCAGUGCUGGCUGUCCUACCAAGCGUUCUUCACUGGAUUACGUGGUUGUAUAAUUUAAUUUCGUGAAGUGAAUAGAAAAGAAGAAAGCUGUAAUAAAAAGGCAAAAUAAAAGAAAAAUAAGAGAAAUAAAUCAAUAUCUUAAGAAAAAAAUAACCAGGAAAUUUUUAAAGUGAGAGAAAGUUUACUAAAGCGAAUAGUAAAAGCAAGGAGUGUGAAAGUUGGCAACAGUGUAUGGUGAUCGCAGAAUUGGCAACAGUGGAACGCGUGCCUGUUCAAGCUUGGAGUGUUUUUUACCCGCGGCUUGUAACUUCAAUUCUCAAGGGCCAAGAGGUCUGCUGGUGCUUGUUAGUGCUGUUGGUGCUUGUUCCUUGUUUGUGUUCCCGUGUGUUUGUGUUCCCUCGAUCAGCUGUGGUUUAAAGGUCCACUCAGCACUCGUCAGCACGUCAGCAGCAUCACACACCCCUCAGCUGCAUGUUUCAGUGAUGGUGUGUCCAGGGGUGAGUGCAGCGGGCGGGGAGGGACAUGAGGUCGUCAGUGAGUGUGAUCCUGUCCACCCCUCCACCCGUCACCACCAUGAGUUAUCCAGACUACACCACCAGCCCCCACCACCACCAGACCCUGCUGGUGCUCGUCAGACAAGUGGGAUCCCAAUUAAAGAGCCGCUCGUUCCAUAAACUGUACGAGCGAAUCAGCAGAGUCGGCCACGUCAAGGUGAACGACUCUAAUGGGUCCCAGCGGCCAGUGUGGGUCACCUACCGCCGGGACUACCCCAUUGAGAACAACGACUGGGGCGACUUCCAGACACACCGCAGAGUCCUGGGUAUCAUCACCAUAGGUCAGGUGGGUAGCCAGAGUGACCUGAAUGAUAUCUGCAAGCAGCAUGAGAGCCUCAAGGUCAAGUAUUCCUCCACGCUGUAUGACUCACGCUGCAUCAUCUUGGGACUCAACCCAGAUGGCACCAUGUAUGAAGCGGCCUCCCAGGGGCCUUCCCGCAGCACCUCUCCAGACCCAAGCGGCACGCCAGACCCCGGAGGCGCCCCACAGACACCCGUCCCGGCCAUCAACGGCCAUGCUCACGUCAAGAAGGUGUCCGCCGGCAGCACGGACCGGGACAGCGGUGUGUACGAAACGGUCGGUGGGGAGGAGAAGCCUACCGACUCAGACAGCCACUCUGAAGGUGCAGCCGACCUGAAGAUUGACACCAAUCAUGUCAAUGGGUCAGACUCCGGCAGUGAGAGCACCAGUGAGGCUGGCUGCUGCGAGGAGAACAAGGCGGACUCCCCGCGAGAUUCUGCUGUGGAAUCCAUGCUGGACACAAGCCACUCCUCCAUCAACUCCUCAGCCUCCCAGGCAUCCAAAGUGUCCCUCCACCCACCCUCUAAUUUCAAGACCCGGGCGCUGUUCUACCCGACUGGAGAGCAUGCGGUGAACAUUGAGAGUCAGCUGCAGGAGUUUGUGAGUUCCCUGUUCUGGGUGUUGGAGUCCAAGCGCCUGGACAAGAGUCAGGAGAAGCUGGAGCGCCCACCGCUGCUCUGUGCUCCCUUUGAACGCAAGGACUUCAUUGGACUGGACAUGGACUCGCGCACCAACAAAAAGCGGUGCGCAGGUCGGCUCAGGAAGCAGCUGGCAGACCUCACCCUCCAGGCAGGCCUGCCCGUGGAGGCCAUUGUUCAGUACAGUCAUGCUGCUGACACACUGCGCCACUGUAAUGACUGGCUCUGGCUCGCAGCGUGCUUUGAGGGGCUGUGUGCAGCGUCGGUAGUGAUGCUGUACCCAAACCUGCGACGCAGUGUGGGGCUGCAGCGCUACUCUAGUCUAGGAGUUGGGGGCCACCAGGGUGGGGCGGGUGGUGUGCUCAGCAGGAGUCGCAAUGGUUCCAUCAACACCAACUCUCUGCCCACCGGUCUGGAGCCCACCAUCAUCAAGCAGACCAGCAAGCACUGCCUCUCCCCGGAUGACAUUGUGGAGAAGUACCGAGAGGCCAUUGUCCACUAUAGCAAGUACCGCAAUGCUGGUGUGGUGGAGACCGAGGCCAGCAUCAAAGCAGUCCAUGUCCUCAUUGAGCAGAGGAGAUACCUCAUGGCAGCAGAGUUCCUCUCCAAUGUGGUGUUCAUCAACCUCCAGCUCUCUGAUGAGGAGAAGAUUGCCCGCUUCAGUGCCCUGGCAGACCUGUACCAUCAAGUGGGAUUCCAGCGCAAAGCUUCCUUCUUCCGGCGUGUGGCAGCCAUGCGGUGUGUGGCGCCCCAGAACCAGCAGCCUGACUGGGGUCAGUGUUACCGCCUGCUGCUGCAGACCCUUGAUGGCCACAAGGUCUGUCUGGACCCUCUGGAGUUCAGGAAAGAUGGAAGCCAAGGAUGGCCAUCCCUGCAGAUUCAGAUCCUACAGGAGCUGGUGGGCACAUCACGAAGGAUGGGCCAGAAUGCCCUCUGCACACGUCACCAGGCCUUCCUAAUGAGUGCCAUGCUGCCGCACCUCAAGGAUGCAGAGCGCCAGGAGACGGCUCUCAUGCUGGAAUCCCUGAGUGCCCGCAGUGGCAGCGGUCCGGCCCCACUUGUGGUGCAGGAGACUGGCAUCAUCAUUCCUCCUGUUAACUUCCUCAACAUCCCCACAUGCAGGCGGGUGCGCAUCAUCUCUCCAGCAGGAGGCCGGAAAGCUGAGAAAAAGUCAUCACUGAUACCUGAAGAUGACAAUGGACCCUUCAUCUUCUCACCCUUCUCGUCCCUCUCCAAUAACAAUGAGAGGAAAUCUCAGGGAAAAGUCGAUUUUGACUGGGUGGAAGGUGAUGUCUGUGAAGUUUGUCUAGAGCUGGAGAACCCUAUGCCUUUUGAACUCAAAAUCACAACCAUGAUGCUCAUCACAGAAGAGGUUCAGUUUGAGUCCUGGACCUCCACCAUUGUGCUGAAGAAUGAGCGUGGGCUGCAGUCCAUCACCCUGAGAGGGAGGCCACAGGGGUCUGGGCAGCUGCAGAUCACUGGCUACUCCUCCACAGUGAUGGGGGUCACCAGUAACUGCCGCUUCAAGUUCCUGCCUCACCUGCGGACGCCACAGUACACCAUCAAUGUGGUGCCUGCCCUACCCAUGAUACAGAUCCUGUCCGGCAACAGCAGCACAGGCAGUCUUGGUGUGGAGCAAGCUGUGGGUGAGGAGUGUGGCAGCCUCCACCUGUCCCUGUCUGCCGGGGAGACUCACGAAUGCUCGGUGGUGCUCCACAACGUCUCCUCUCAACCUGUGGAGGAACUCACCAUCAGCCUGGAGUCAAAGAUGGACAAGGACACGCUGCACCAGGUGUUUCAGUACAGCCGAGAGAACCUCCAGGCCCAGCUGCCCAUCCCCCCUGGUGGCCGUGCCUCCCUUACCCUCUACGUGUAUGCUGCCUGUGACUUCCUUGCGCCAGGCAGGCUUGACGAGUCCUUGGAAACGACCAGCCUGCUCUCAGGCAGUGAACCACCAUCCCUGGUGUCUGGCGGGCCUCCCUCCCUUCCCUCAAGACAGUCGGUGGCCACCUCCAGCACCCGUGCCGCUCCUCGUGCCCGCCGCGCUGACUCCUCCGCCUCGCUGCUGUCCUCUCGCUCUGGCUCCAGCAUGAGGUCUGGCUCCUCCUCCUCCACCCAGGCAGCCACCUCCAGCAUGAGGACCCGCACCACGGCACCCACCCCAGGCUGCAGCAACAGGACUCUGGAGGCCAACCUGCUGGUGAAGUACUCGGGGGGGGCUGGGAUGAGUGCCGAGUACUGCCGCAGCACACAGGUGGCAGUGAGUGUGGAGGUGACACCAUCCCUGCAGGUGACGCGCUGGGAUGUGCUGCCGGCAGAACUGCCCCACCAGUGCUACGUGGUGCUGGACCUGCUCAACUGUGCCACCCAUGAGAUGGACCUCCAUUACACUCCCACCAAACACAUUCUCAUUGAGGCGGGGGAUUCCUGCCGAGUGCCUGUGCCUGUCGACCGCUGCCCCCUGGCCACCCUCACUGAGGAUGGUCGAGAGAGUGAGAGUGGAUGGGGUUGGUCCGAGGUGCUGGGUGGCCAUGUAGCCUCCUUAGUAGAGCUGCGCUGGACUCUCGGCCCCAAUGACACCCCUGGACGUGCCUCCCUGACUGGCAUAACCUUCCCUCCCUCCACUCAUGACCUCAUCACCAUGGCUCCCAUACACUGGGAGGUGCAGGUUGAUGGGCAAGAGGUUGUAGGUGGGACAGAGAAUAGUGGUGUGGUGGGUCGGCCGCUGCAGCUUGGCGUGGGCAUCACCAACACCAGUGGGGCGCCUCUACCACCCCUCAGCCUGCGCAUCACAGCCUUCCAGGACCACCAGAAUGGCCACCUCAACUACCGCCUGGAUGCCAAGAUGACCACCAUUGGGGCCACCAAGCUCACCACCCCACAGCUGAAAGAAGGCGAGGAGUUCCGGCAUUGCUGUGGACUGGUGUUCUUCACGGCAGGUGUGUUCAAGGUUGAGGUGACUUGUUCCCCGGCAGCAGUGGCAGCGCAGACCUCCUUCUAUGAGAACAUCACACCAGCCCACCAACAUGCCUGGAAGUUUGCCCCACCCCUGGAGAUCACAGUGACUGAUGCCUGAAGUGGAGGAGGUUCCUGUCCACAUACUGACCUGAAGGAGGUGAAGAGGCAUGCUGGAAGUGCUGGUUAGUCUCUAGGGAAGGUUGGUCUACUGUCUAUGGGAUUGUAUGGUUAACAGUUAAACUAAACCAACACCUGCAUGUAACUUUUGUUUUGCUGCCCACUGGAGACCUGCUAGGCAGCAGUGUAAUGUAGCAUAAUGGUGGGUUGGGUUGUUCUGUCUGUAAACAUUUUUGAAAUGGUAGUAGUAUUUUCCUAAUGCAGUAUUAUGCUGGUGGUCUUCCUUCUGGUAGCCCAAGCCGGGGUACUGUUUACUGCCUGUUUUGCUACAAUGAGGAGUGUUGGAAACGAGCCAUAAAGCCCUGUGUUAGCAAGACCCGUAGGCCCACCUAGUUGUGUGUGUGGUGUUGUCGCCCCUCGUAGCCGCCCUCAGGACUAAUGCCCCCAGAUAAUACUACUCGGUUGUUUUAUUGUUGAAAUACUACUUGGUGUUUAUCAUUCAGAGGUGUGGUAAGAAUGCAUUUUUCACCUGUGGUCAGACUUUAACCAUUGGCAGUGGAGGGCAGACCUGUCCGUGUGUGAGGGUUGUGUUUGUUCUGCCCCGAGUACCUGGCUGCUGCAUCAGGCCAACAAUUGGAGCACAGUGAGUGAAGUGAGUGAAGCACCUCCGUGAGUGAAGGUUGCAGGUAACAAAGCUCAGAAACUUUGCCUUGAUUCAUGUCAUUCUCAAAAAGGGGUGUGAAAUUCUAUGACAAAAUACUGUAUAUGAAUUGCAUUAAUACAACCAAAGUACCAUAGAGUGAUAUGUAUAUUAAGCACAGUUUAUAUAGUUAUUCUAAGGUGCCCUCAUCAUGUACUGAUUGAUAUGUACAACAGCACAAUAUUUGUGCAUUUUGAAUUUUGUGAUAUGUAUAUUUGAGUGUAUGAUAAUGUAAAAAUUGAAUGUAUACUACUCCUGCUAGUUGCUGUUUAGUUGUUGUUGGCUUCAUUUUGCAAUACUACUUUUUUAAAGGGACAAAUUCUUCUGUAUUCCUAAAAACAGUUUAAUGGUUGAGACAUGAGUGUGCUCUUCUACCUUUUUUCCUCCUCCUCUACAGGAACACCUAAAUACUCAAACCAUUGUUUUAAUCUCAGCAAGGGGUCCUGCACCACUACCUCUGUAACACUCAGCUCUUGAUGGAAAGCUGACCUAUGAAGUGUCUGUCUUUGCAGUUUACCUGAGAAGUGUCUGUUUCUUACCAAUACAGACUCUGUGCCUAUGAUGAACAAAAAAAGCAGAUCCUUUAUAGUAUCAAAAGUUACAACAAAGCCAUGAGUCAUGACUGCCUUGCUCUUCCCUACCAAAGCAGCGGGCGUGUACUUGAUGCUCACCUCACCAGCCCAGCCCAGCCCAGACCUGAGGGUGCUAUGGGAUGUGCUGUAGUAGUCUGUUAGCUCCCAUGGGGCAACACAGCCACUGCUCCCUUCACCACACUGGCUGACAUACAAGGAACUCUGGGUGCUGGAAUAUUGCUGUUUGUCUGUCAACUCAUUACUUUGGUUGUAAGAGACAUCUGUUUGUUCCUUUGGACACACCAAGUCUUCUGCUUUGAGACAUUAUGACAAACUUAUCAUUUAGGUGAUGUUAAUAAAAAUUAAGUUACA